AUGACCCUCUGUAGCACCCGUAGACAAUGUGGUUAUAAGCUUGUGAUUGGCUGCUGUUCAUUAUACUGGAUACGAGGGAACGUUCACUAAACGUAACAUUCUCCAGCUGACACAAUGAGUUUAAGGAAGCAGACCCCUAGUGACUUUCUGAAGCAGAUCAUCGGUAGACCGGUGGUGGUCAAACUGAACUCCGGCGUGGAUUACAGAGGUGUCCUGGCCUGUUUGGAUGGCUACAUGAACAUUGCUGUGGAGCAGACGGAGGAAUAUGUCAAUGGACAGCUGAAGAAUAAAUAUGGAGACGCCUUUCUGAGGGGGAACAACGUGUUGUACAUCAGUACCCAGAAGAGGAAGAUGUGAUGGAGAAACCUUUUUCUUUUUUUUUCUUUUUUAACCUUUAUUGUUUUUAUAUUGGUUUGUAAUGCUUGUCCUGAGCUUUGUUGAAGACGCAAGACCUUUUUUUGUAUAGGCUGAGUGACUAAAUAAAUUGCGUUCAUCCUUUUGUGCCGACAA